ACCCCACUGUACAUCUCCAUAAAAAACAGCCUUUUUCUCAGACCUUACUCACAUCUUAACCUCAUCUGCUUCAUCUUCAGACCUAAACUUCUGCAAAAACCACAAACAUGAAGAUUCAAGUCAGUCUGCUGCUCACCUGCAUGCUUUUCUCCAAAGCUUUGUCACUGAAUUGUUAUCAGUGUCUGUCAGCAAUUUCUGAGUGCACAAAUGAACAGAUAACCUGUCCGGAUCAAUGUCUCGCUGCCACCACUUCUGUGUACUUAAAUGGUGCAAAGAUUUCAGAAAGCAAUAUGAAGACUUGUGGUGUGGCAGAAAUGUGUAUAAGCGGAAGCAUGAACCUGGGAAUGAUGAAAGUGGCCAACAAUGCCAAAUGCUGCACAACUAAUCUGUGCAACAGUGAAACAAUUCCAGCCCCAGCCAAGCAGGUGCCCAAUGGGAAAAAGUGUUAUACCUGUGAUAAGGACGGCUGCUCAGCGACACUGAACUGUGAAGGAAAUGAAGAGCGCUGCAUCUCUGCAUCAGUUCAACAAGCGAGCAACACCAUUCCAAUGAAAGGAUGUGUGUCCAAGAGCUUCUGCGAUGCGGCUAAAGGACAGAGCAUGUCAGGAAUGGGCGUAUCGAAUUUUAAGUGUUGUGAGGGGAACUUCUGUAACGGUGCUGAGAUCUUCACACUGAGUUUCCUCCUCAUGAUUGUCCCUCUGAUCACCUCCAUCCUCUUCUCCUAAACUAUGAGCUGAUGAAGGAUGUCACAGCAUUAUCUACUGCAAGCCUUGUAAUCGCAGGAAGCACUUAUAUUCUUUGUUAUAUAUAUGUCAUAUCCUGCUCAAUGUAUCAGAUAAUUCUCAUUGUUCUAUUAGGAGACUGUAUGAUGAUGAUGAGGAUGAAGAUAAAACCUUUAUGCACAGAACCACAAAAAAAAAAUGCAAAAGUCUCAAAAAUCACCAUCAAGACCCAAAGUCCUGUAAUCAACUGAAUAUUACUCAGGUUUAUAUAUUUUUUUUAAAACCAUUUUAAUAUAAAACAAAUUGCAAACUGUCUAUGGAACAUUUUUAUGCUUUAAAGUGAGAAAAGCAAAUUACUUGAUGUUUAUCUGCUCAUCAAAUAAAGAAACAUACAUACAAAAAAAGUCUUUAUUUUUGUACCGUAGACAUUUAGUUAAUGUUUUAAAAGUGAUUAAAAAGGAAGUGAUUGUAUUGAUUUGGAGGUUUAAUAAAUAGCAUACACAUGAA